AUGGCGGAGUUCAUGAGGUUUUCCACGUUUAUUACAGGUCCAGAAAUGGCGAAGGUUCUUCAGUCUGGCGUCGAUUUCAAUAUGAAUGACUUGAAGUUCAUGCAUUCUGUGAAAAGCUCCGUCUUCGGGGUACCUGAUUGCCGCGUGACUCGUUGCGGCUACACAGGAGAGGACGGGGUUGAGAUUUCUGUGGAUGCGGACAAGGCACCUGAUCUGUGCAACGCAAUCUUGUGCUCUUCGUCAGCCAACGUAAAAUUGGCUGGUCUCGGCGCCCGCGACUCCUUACGUUUGGAGGCUGGCCUCUGCCUGUAUGGAAACGACAUCGACGAAACAACCACUCCAGUCGAGGCAGCGUUAGUCUGGCUUAUUGAGCUAUUAAUCGAUCACUACCUUGUUGUUAGCACGCUGAGCUGUAAGAAAUGGAGUACCAUGCGAAGAUCUGGUGGCAGAAGCAACCAGAGAAUCAAACGGGAAGAUUAUCUUCGGUGGACACGAGAGCGAAAUUUGCAAACAACAUCGCACCACGCUUUGAACAGAAGCCGAUAA